UCUGAAACAUUUCAGUUGCUAAGAAUAUUUUGGGAUUGUACACUAUUUUCCUUACUAUUUUUUAUUUCUAUUUAGGAGAUAGUAACUGGCAGACCAUGUCACAGCAUUGUCUUCGAAGACGAGCAUACGCCGGCAAGGCAGCAGGUAUUCGCUACAUGCUAUUCGUAUUGAUUGUUAGCAUAUGGGCUGUCUCCUUUACUUGGGCAGGUUCCACAGAAAGCAAACAGCACAACAUGAGUGUAACAGACCAACCAGUCACGGUGUCACCUACUCUGAAUACCAGUCUGGCGACGGAAUACAAUACAGACUAUUAUCGAAACAAUAACCGUCAAGCAACACGACGUCCAGCUACUAGACGUCCUGCCACCAGGCGCCCUGCUACCAGACGUCCAGUUACUAGACGUCCAGCAGGCAACAGUCGUCCACCACAGGCCAAGCCUACUAUUGGCUGGGAUCAUGCUGAUACAUGUGGUGGUAAUAUUCUUGUUCCCCUAUCGGAGGAUCAGACGAACGGCUUGAUAGAAGAAACUUACCAGUCGACUGGGUUUCCAGUCGCGCGUACCUACCCUUUAAUCUGCACGUGGAAUGUCAAGGUGAGUAAGAAUUGCCGCCAUGCACGAAUUGUUUUGAGAAUUGACGAACGCAGUCGACUGGCCGAUGAUAAGGAAUGUAAUAAAGGUUUCUUUCGCGUUUUGCCCUUCAUGAAAGAAGCCAAAAUUUGCGGUCGCGUUGGUGAUGUCCCACCGCUCCAGUGGCACGUUGAAAACCAAAACCCUGAAGUUGUUACAAUUACCAUGAGAAAUGCAGGAUUGGAAGAUGACAAAUCUGCUGGUUUCUCAUUUUCUCUUCAAGGUGAAUGCCUGCCUUAUCAAUCCAACGUGACAACUAAUGGGUCUAUGAACACCAACAGUUUAUGGCUCCACCAAAUCUGGAAAGAUUCGGCAGCGAUGGGUGGACCUACGGUAGUCGUACCUGGUGUCAAUUUGGCCAAUGUUAUCCCUUGGAUGGAAACAGAUCUCAAUGAUCUUGUCAAUAGUAACACUGUGAAAUCCACAAAUUCCUCCGGAUUUCCUAUUUCUGGGAGUCUACCUCCAACUAGCACGUUACCUACAGUCACUGGCGUGGCUGAUGUGAGCAAUAAUCUCAAUCGACCGCCCACCCGUCGCCCUUCAAGUAACGCAAUCCGAACUAGGCCCACACGACGUCCUAAUCUGAGGCGUUCAACUACAACAGUUCGCCCAAUAACGACCCGUCCAACCACCGCCCGACCCAUUAGCUGGGAUCAGUAUGAUACUUGUGGUGGUGUCAUCAAUGUUCCUUUGCUAUUUGAUCGCCUCUCGUUUUACGAAUCUUCACAAUUUUUGAACGGGCGUAGCUUUCCUUUGGUCUGCACUUGGAAUGUGAAAGUGAAUCCACUGUGCCGCCGUGCUCGUGUUACCAUGAGAGUGGAUGUACGCAGUCGACUGGCUGAUGUGGAUGGAUGCACAAAAGGAUAUUACACUGUUUCGCCGUUCAUGAAAGAAGCCAGAAUAUGCGGCCGAAUCGGAACGGUGCCACCUUACCAAUGGUACGUGGACGACCAAAAACCAGAAGAGGUGACUGUUUUCAUGGAGAGUGUUGGACUCGGCGAUCACCGUUCAGAAGGAUUGUCCUUUAGCCUUCAAAGUGAAUGCAUCCCAAUCAGAUCAGAUGUGAAGAAGAUUGACGUCGACAUUGAAAAUUAUUGGUCCAACAGUCGCUGGAUGAACCGAUUAUCAGAAGAAUAUGGAAAAGGAGAUGGACCAAGGGUAGUGAUUCCUGGUACAUUCGUCUCAACCGUAUCGCCAUUGCCUGACAAGAAUUUCAUUGGCACACGGGUUCCAUCAAUGGAUCCGGAAAAUCAGUCUGAAAUUCCUUGGUUGAUCUUAAAAUCACCUGAUCGAAACCAAUCCAUGUCUACGGUAUCGCUCUAUACUGAUGAUUCAAAUCAUAUUUUAGAGUCACCUAGCAACUCCGGCAGCUAUGUGAAUCCUACACCUGUCAGCGUCAUUCUGCAAUCCAGCAAUGCCAACAAAGAGGUUUUUACGGCAAAACCAAUCGCCGCAACACCAAUCGUUCCCUUGGAUAAUGAAAACAUUCCUUGGCUUAUCCUCAAAUCGCCUAAUGAAACCCAAUCAACGACAGUGAUUUACCCAUUGGUAACGCAUCCGCCGUUGAUUACAUGGCGUCCGACGAGCCAAAGCACCUUUACUACUCCUUCGGUCACAGUUGGUACGUCGAUACAUCCGACUACUCUUCCAUCCACCACUAGUCGUGUACCUACUAAAACUCCAACUACGUUCAAGGCAUCGAUCACUACUACCACGAUGAAAUCGACAACGCGCUCACCGUCAAAUAGUACAAGUCCGCAAUCCACGAUUAUUCGUCCGCCUACUCACCAGUCAUUUGACACAGUUCAUUCUUCUACCACCAAGAGACCUUCCACCACCACAAGUACCUAUACUUCCAGCAGUUCGUCUACUACCAAAAAUCCUUCUAAUCCUUCCACUACCAAGAGUCCGUCUAUUACCAAGAAUCCCACGCUUAAGAAUCCUUCCACUUCCAAGAGUCCGUCUAGUACCAAAAAUCCGUCCACAACAAAGAGUCCUUCUACUACCAAGAACCCGUCAACUACGGCUAAAAGGCCUUCAACAAUAGCGAAGCGUCCAACGACGGUGCGUCCAUCUACCAAGAGCUCGACGACUACACGUCCUCCGUCCACCACGAAGAGCUCGACGACUACACGUCCCCCGUCCACCACGAAGAGCCAUACUAGUACUCUCAACGAGAAUUCCAAAGCAAGUCCAGCAAAUAUUAAUUCAGAUGAUGGUAUCCAAGAAGCCAUUUCGUACCUCUCCUCCGUUUUAGAAGAAACAAAAAAGAGAAAUAACUUACCUUCGUCUGAGAAGUGAUUCAAAGUAGGAUGCUCCAGUCGCGCCCCACCAUUAUGUGUUGAAAUGUGAACCGGAGAAUUUGGAAUAGCUUCAGAGUUGUUGGAGACAAACUGAUGGUUAUGUAUUUCAAUAAGUUAAUUCAAUUAGACUACCUAUUUAUCUAUUGUAAGUUUAAAUAGUUUUGAGCUAUAAAAACGUAAUUUUUUUAGAUUUUUUGGAUUU